UGCAAUAGUUGUGUAUAUCUGCAUUUCAGUUACAGACACAAUGCUGGUUAGCCUGUUCUCCACCGUCGUCCUGAUUUGCCUUCCUGUCAUCACAUACGGAAACAGAUCUUCACAAGCGGGUGCCGCGGGUACUGAUGGAGAGGCCCAAACCGAACAUGGUGGUCGCACAUCUGAAAAUCAGUCUGUACAAUUGCUAGUGGAACGGCUGGGUCUGCAGCCCCACCCUGAGGGCGGAUUCUUCUCAGAGAACUGGCGCAGCGAGAGAAAUGUCACGGUGUCCGAACCAGAUUUCAGAGUGGUCCGGUCAGCGAGGACUAAUAUAUACUACCUCCUUGAGGAGCAUGACUUCAGUGCCUGGCAUAGGCUGAAGGAAGAAGAGAUCUUCUACUGGCAUGCAGGAGGGAAAGCUCAGGUCCAUACCAUCGACAAGAGCGGUACUCUGACCACGGUCUACCUGUGUGAUGUCUUUCAAGAUGAUGACUGUGUAUAUGAAGCAAUAAUGCCAGACUCAACCUGGAUGGCUGUCGAGCCAGUAAAAGGGUCCGGAUUUGUACUUAUCGGAGAUGCUGCUUUUCCAGGGUUUGACUUCAGGGACUGGGAACUGGGCCGAGCGAGUGACUUGAUACGGGACUUCCCUGCACAUCGUAAUAUCAUCAAGCGGCUUACCAGGCAGGAAUAAGACCACCCAUAGAUUAUGUCUGAAACUAAUUAAAAAGUAAAACCUGGUAAUUGAUUGGUUGAUAUUUAAGAGAUAGACAAGACCAACGCCUUCACAAUUUCAUAAUAAAGUCCAAUGCUACAUUUGGUGAUACAGUUUAGACGUAAUGCUACGGCUGGUAACAUACUGCUACAUUUGGUGACACAGUUUGUUACUUAAUGCUACAUCUCGUAAUAAAAUUUAGUCCAAAUGCUA